AUGAGCUCUGUUGAUGCUGUGCUCCUGCAAUUCGGCCUGGGUGCAGCCGCCCUGGUUCUGCGCUACUUCUCGCGGCCCUUCGUUUACUGCUGCCAGCGCUGCACAGCUUGCAUCUGGAACUGCCUCUGCUGCCUCUGCAUCUAUAGGAGGAAGCGUGCGGCUUCCUUGGAGGAGGGGGCAGAGGAGCCCUCCCCAAGCAGGUGCUUGCAGCUGAAGAGGUUCCUUUUUACCCAUGCCGCAGUGCGCUGGUACUGGUUCCACUUGGCUAUCCAACUCGGUUUCUUGAGCCGGGAGUAUCAGGUGAUCUCUGUGGCCUCUCAGGGUGUCUGGCCGAGUGAAGUGUUGCUCUCCUACUCGGCCUUAUGGCUGACUUAUGCUGUGGUUUUUGUGGAAGUUUGUCACUUCUCCUCUGUGCGGAACAAGGAUGUCGUGACCAAGAUCACGGUGGAUGGGCUCCUGGACAUGCUUUUGCUUCCGGUAAAUAUCGGCUUCUUUGGGCACCUCUGUGUGAGAAAGCUCGCGCUGCAAUCAGACGACCAUUCCUUGCACAUCAUCUCCACCAUCAUGGAGAGCUCUGAGAUUUGGGAGGCUUGGGCGCUGUGGUCGGUGCUUGGCUUGUUCGUCACGGUCGUUGACGUGGAAUCCCGACGAGACCCUGCACAUCAGGAAUUCGCGGUGCCCUUUCGAAACCUGAGCCUGCAGGGUGUGCGCACCUGGGUGUUCAUGAUAAUCAUAAUCACGGCGACGAGGCUAGUCAUGAUCGGGGUCCUUCAGUCGAGAGCUCCAACCUUGUGCUUCUGGGCUUCCAAAACGUGCACAUCGUGCAAUGAACUGUACGACCAAAACAUCCACUUGGCGGCGGCUGCAGUCAAUUUCAUUUUGUGCUCCUUUGCGCUCGCGUUUGUGUUCACCUUUGAACACAGCUUCGAUCAAUAUCUGAGCAAGAUCGGACCUUUCUGGAAGUUUUGGGGGGUAAAAGGGGUGGUGUCAGUGACAUACUUUCAAUGGCUCGUGCUGACUUAUGGCCCCCUGAAUUUGGAUGACAAGCGAAUCUACGAGUUGCAUUGCUUGCUCUGCACUGUAGAGAUGCCAGUUCUGGCUGUCCUUCAUGCCACUUGCGCAUACCCCUAUGGAAAGCCCUGGCUGAACUACCUGUUGCAGCUGCAGCAGCAGGACAUGAACGAACAGGAAGCCAUCACCGAACGAACGUCGCGAUUCCGUUUCACGGAGUUCAACGUUGAUUUCACCAUCUCCACUCGCAGCUGCGGCCCGGAGACAUGGGUCUUGCUGUUCUACGGGCUGUUCUGGAGCCUGGGCUGCUUCGCAAGCCAUGAAUUUGUGGUGUUCCUGAUUCCCGUCGCCCAUGAAGUUCAGGGCCCGCAGCCGCCGAUGUACUACGCGACAUGCAAUGCCGAAGGGGACAUCGCGCACUUCCUAGCCGGUUCUGAGCUCCACUUCCAGAUCCGGAAUGACACCGUGGAGAAGCAUCGGCUGCCGGGCGUCGCCGGAGCCUGGCUGCCCUUGUGCGGCAAAGCCGCACUCGACUGCGAGCCGGGCUUCCACGGCACGCCCGGCCUGCGCUGUUCGCCCCGAGGCAGAUACGAGCCCACCGGGCUUUGCAAGCCCAUCCGCUGUGGACAACCCGGAGAAGAAGUUGGGCAUGCCAGGCUGCACAAGUCAGAUCUGGUCAUCCGUGAGUGGACAAGCGACAUGGAGAUCUCCUACGAGUGCAUUCGCGGUUUUGUUGGCAAGAUCCGUGCCAAGUGUGGCAGGGAGGGAAUCUGGACGUUUACGGGCGAGUGCACUGAGGUCCUUUGUCCUGAUCCCCCAACUGUGGCACGUGCGAAGCCCUUACUGGAGCCGAGCGAGCUGGAAAACCGAACUUGGCAAGCCGGUAUGUCCCUAAGAUAUCAGUGCAUCGAUCCUUUCGUUGGCAUCAUCACGGCGAGAUGUGAGGACGACGGGAAUUUCGUUCUGCAUGGAAGAUGUUUGGCUUUUUGCAAGACACCCCCUGCAGUGCCCAAUGCCAUCGCGGACUACAACAACUCUGUUGCAGGCAUCGGCUGGUCAGAGGGCAUGCGAGUGAAGUACGACUGCUCACCUGGCUGGAGCGGUGCGGUGUUCGCAACCUGCCGGGAGGAUGGGCAGUAUAGCAUUGAGGGCGUUUGCAAAGCACAGUGCCCCGAUCUGAAUAAGAUCUUGCAGGACAGCUACGGAGCCUCCUGGGCUGACGUCAUCUCCGUGAACCGCUCGCAUUCGUUGGACCUCACGGGCUCCGGAGAAGCCGACAUCGUGGCCCUGGCCUGCGCCCCGGGGCUCACGGGACUUCCCUUCGCGGCCUGCCAAGAAGGCAGCUGGCAGAUUCUGGGCUCUCGCUGCCGAUCGUUCCGGACCUCCACGGGCUGCAGUUGCAAACGCCAGUGGAAGUUCUGCAACGAUGUCCUGCAGAGACAUUGCAUUCGAUGGAACGGCUGCCACGGAUCCAGCGCACAGAGGUAUGGAUGGUGCGAGGUGGAUGACAAGCUGCCCUGUGCCUCUGCCAGCACACCACGCUGGGAUUACUGCGUCGGCCAAGGCCCACAAGAUGACCCCGAGGUGCCCCUCGAAAGUGAGAUGGGAGCGGUUCUGCUGCGUUACGGGCUCUUCGUGGUUGCUGGUCUGCUUAGCUUGGCUGCGCUGCUGUUCUUGCGGCAUUAUCUUCCCGUCCUGGACGAGUCGUGCACCCGCCUGAAGGCCGGGCUCUGCGAGGUCCAAAAUGCGGCCACCCGCAGAGUUACCUGGGUUCUCCGCAAAGCUUCGGAGAAACUGCGGCCUCCUCUGCUGGACGACGUGAAGAUCCAGCCGCACGUGAGCUGGUUCUCUCCCCUCUUCGAUGCCGGCGGCUGCCAUGGUUUGCAGUUGGAGCUACAGAUCUUCCGGGUGGUCGAUCCUCCUCUGGAGGGCCAGGAGGUGGGAGACUGCGCCGUGUACCUCUGGGCGACCAAGGGUUGCAAUUUGGUUUACAAGCUGGCGGUUGGAAGCAAGUCACAGCUCUUGGAGAAGAAGUUCAAUGGACGCGUCCCUUACGGCACUACUCGUCUGUGCUUCUUCACCGACCAGAUCAGCAAGGAGGAUGACACUCUUCGAGUGUCAUGCGAAGUGCUGGAGACCCUGCGGGAGCUCGAAGCCCCCGUGCAGCCGGCAGUGCCGCAGCCACCAGACUGGAGGAAAUCUCUUCUUGCCGAAGGCAAGCCGGUCCCGGAGGUGGACGCAGUCGUUGCGGCCAGUCGUGACCACGGUGGCCCAGAGCCACUCGAAGGCCAGCUGCUCUAUUCCAUGCACAUCAACAAUCGCCUUCUUGAUUUGGUAAAAGACCAAGUCGAAACCAUGAAGUGCCGGAUGGUGCGAACAGUUGAGUGGAGGAUAGAGCACGCAUCGCUGCUUCGCCAGUGCUUUCCUGAGGGUGAGGCGAUGUGCAGCACGGACUUUGGGGCUGCCGGCAUCGAAGGCCUCCGCUUGGUCUUCUACCCCUCGGGAUACCGUGGCGCCACCGAAGGAUUCUGCUCGCUGUUCCUCGUGGCACCGGCAGGGGCCACUCUUCAAUGCACGUUGCAAGCAGGUCGGGAGCGCCGAGAAGCCAGCCACGUCUACGAGCGGGAGGGCGCCUUCGGCCGCACGAACUUCUGCCAGCUGGAGAGUUGUGUGGACGAGCACGACUCAAUCUACAUCCGCUUGGAAGUCGCCGAAGCGCACCAAGACCUCGUGGCGAAGGCCGCUCAUCCGGCUCCCAAGCCGGGAGAUCAGAGAACGCUGUCGCAGCAAGAGGGGGUGGUCUCCGGCCCAAUUCACAGCGCCGUCAAGCUGCGGCGGCAUGUGGGGAAUCAUCUGGAGGCAGAGUCCUGA